AUGACCAACUCUUCUAAUAUUGUAUUCCGACUUCGUGUGGAUUUGGAGAGUCUCCGUGAAAAAGCGGUCAACUGCUUCUUCAAAGAUCCAAAAAACCCACAGGGAAGUGAAGUCAAACGGAAUAAUUUGAUUUCUUUGAUAUUGAGAAAAAUACAAGACGAAUUCAAAAGUAAUACUCAAGAGAGCGAAGAACCAAAAAUCCGAGAAAAAAUGAAAGCAUGGGAUUUCAUUCUCGAUCGCAUCACUAGGAAGACUGAUCUUGUCCCCGCACUUAUUGAAGCGGGCCUUAACCUUGAGCAGAAAAUAGUGGAUUUUCCCAAUUUUUGA